GGUGAGAGGACAGACGGCAGGAGGACACCGAGGAGACACACUGGAAUCUGCUGAUUAGAUUUAAUUAAACAUAAAGUGAUCAUCAUAAUAAUAAUAAUAAUAAUAAUAAUAAUAUAAAGAGGAGAUGGAGCAGGGGAACGGGACGGGCUGGCAGCUGGAGGAGUUCAGCUUCGAGCGGCGCUUCGACCAGCGAGGCGCGAUGCGGUGGAUGCAGGCCAACUGGAGUGCGUCCUUCCUGUUCAGCGCUCUGUACGCCGCCCUGGUGUUCGCAGGGCGCCACUACAUGAAGCCACGACCUCGGAUGAACCUGCGGCGACCGCUCGUCCUCUGGUCGCUCUGCCUCGCCGUCUUCAGUAUUGUGGGAGCUGUGAGGACCGGCUCCUACAUGCUCCAUGUGUUGACCACGUUGGGCUUCAGACGUUCCGUCUGUGAUCAGAGCUUCUACAGCGGACCGGUCAGCAGGUUCUGGGCCUACGCCUUCGUACUGAGCAAGGCUCCGGAGCUGGGCGACACGGCGUUUGUGGUGCUGAGGAAGCAGAAGCUGCUCUUCCUGCACUGGUACCACCACAUCACGGUGCUGCUCUACUCCUGGUACUCCUAUAAAGACAUGGUGGCGGGCGGCGGCUGGUUCAUGACCAUGAACUACGGCGUGCACGCGCUCAUGUACAGUUACUACGCGGCGCGCGCCGCCGGCCUGCGCGUGCCGCGGCCGUUCGCCGUGCUCAUCACCAGCGCUCAGCUGGCUCAGAUGGCGAUGGGGCUGACGGUGAGCGCGCUGGUGUACCGCUGGCUGCAGCACGGAGACUGUCCGUCCCGCCUCGACAACAUCACCUGGGCCGCUCUCAUGUACCUCAGCUACCUGCUGCUCUUCUCCAACUUCUUCUACCACACGUACCUGCAGCGCCGCCCCGCCCCCGCCGACAAGACCGCCAAGGCCGAGUAGAGCUCGUCUUCGUCCCGCUGAAGGAAAACUUUAAUGUGGCAGAAUCUGAAACCGCAAGAAUUCAACGUCCUCAGGAUGGAAAAACCUCCAAAUCAGCAUCAAGUUUCACUCCAUAUUCUUUAUUCAUACGGGGAGAAAAAUGGCAGAGAAACAGAUUUUUCCCUUUAUAAACGACAUCGUUCUCUCCAGGAAAUAAAUUCAGAAUGUAUGUAAGAAGCGACAGUAAACAAAGCUUCUUCUUUCAGUUCAUGUUGGAGUCGUCGUCACCUGAAAGUUAGUUUUUAAUCUGUGAGCGUCACAGCGACUGACUUCAGUUUAAAGAUUCACUCAUGACAACAAGCCUCACCCUGUCCACUCUUAAAAAUGUGAAUGUUCAGGUUUUAGUGGAUCAGUCUGUGAGCGGCUCCAGGCCCCGCCCCCCCAGACCGGCUCAGCUGGUUCCUACAAACACUUUGAAUCAGUGGAUGGAAACAAACAACCUCGUUUCCUCUUUUGUUCAAUGUAAAAGUUGCUUCACGCUGCUGAGGGUUAAUGAUCAGAUGUGACUGGUCUGUAGCUGCCACUUCAUCUGCUUUCAUUAACACACAUUCACUUUACUGAGACAGAAAUGGAACUGAAGACGUUUCCAAACCAAACGUUACAGCCCAGAAACAGAAGUGAAAUCUAUUUAUUAUUUAUUUGACGUAUGAUGGCGCCGAUCGCUGCCGGAGAGUCUCACGUGUUUCACCUCCACUGAAUGUUUCAUUUUCUAAAUAUCACUCACAUGAAUAUUUAUCAUUUUCUACUUUUUAGAGUUUAUUUUGCACCAACCAGAGAUUGACUUUUGUUUUUCUUCAAGCUGUCGUUAACAAACGUCUUCGUCACAAACUGCUCAGCCAUCAUCAUCAUCAUCCUCAUUAUUAUUAUUAUUAUUAUAAUUAUUAUUAUUAUUGUGUUAUUUUAAAGUGUGUGACUGUGAGAGUUUGAGUUUUAAAGGAGCAGCUGUUGAUUAAAUGAUGAUUAUUUUCUGUAUGAACACACUUUUAUUUAGUUUCUGCUGUUGAUGAUCUGCAGGUUUGAAAUAUUUUUAUUUAUUGU